AUGUCUACUUUCCAAAAGCCUCCUCAGGCGGCCUUGCUCGAUUAUGAAUCCGCUCGGUCUAUGCAUGAUGGUGCUUCCUACCCCAGCUAUGGACAAACGCCUUAUGUAACGAAUGCCUCUAUGGUCCCUUCGCCCAUGACCGAUCACACGAGCCAGAUUUCCGAUUGUGUUCCCUACAUGAGCAACCAGAGCUAUGCUAGCUCCUAUGAGGAGGGUCGGUCUCCGAUGAUGGGUGGAGAGUCCCGCCAAGUGCCUGAAAUCCUUUCUUACUCUCCUCAGCGGGGAUCUGAAGGUACCAGAGUGUUUGUGGAAAUUCAGUCUCCCUACGACCUUCACACCUCAUCAUAUGCGACGGUUUAUCUCGUCUUCGGCUCGAAGAAGACCGAGUGCGUCCCUCAAUUCGUUGGAUUCCAGGGAACCGCCUUCCAGUAUGCCCUUUCCGUGGACACUCCCCCUUUCAUGUCGACGGGUUCGCCAUCAUUCGCUGUGCCGCUCCAGGUAGUAGUGGAUGGACAAGGCGAGUGCCCUACGACCGCCCUGCAAGUUGGUGUCUAUACAUAUGAGCAAGCUUCCCACCAUUCUCCUUCCGAUGAAUCCCGCAAGAGAAGAAUCUCGUCCAUUUCCGAGGACACCUCCAGACCUACCAAGAGAAGCGGUGUCCAGGCCAUGCACGCAAGAGAUCACUCCGCCAGCUAUUCGACGACGUACUCGCCCUACCUGCAACCUCUCCCGGCCAUGAAUGGCUUUGCGACCCCGUAUCAUGCAGCCCCCUCGCCUCGAGUUGGUCCCGCGCAAUACUCAACCGUCUCGGCAUCUUCGCAACCGUCCAUCAGGGCGCCUUCUCCCUUGACUCCAUCAUGGAGCCCUUCCUAUAUGUCUGUCAGCAGUGAUCCUCGGACGCCGGGUUUCGGGGUUAGUCACGGUCUCCCCCAAAAGGCAUCAUCCCCUGGUCGGUUUUCGAACCCAACGCUUAUCCGAACGUCGACGCUGCAGCACUCCGGAUCCAUCCCUCAAACGCAAUCGUUCAACCCUUACGCCAUGUAUCCGUCAAAGGCCAUUCUGAAACUGAACGGAGACUUGGAUACCAUGACCGAACAUUGGACCAAGGAAGAGCGCGACAUGAAACGACGUUUGGUGCAGUUUACCCGGGUCCAAAAUGGCAGCACGAUUCACGCCGAUUUUAAGCCUGUUGCCCCUGAGGACCGAGCUCCCAACAGUAUUUGUAUCAGCUGCAUCAACUGGGAUGGGAAGGAUGAAUGUUUUGUGACCAGCGUGGACACCAUUUAUCUCUUGGAAUCGCUCGUUGGUGUCCGUUUCACUGUGGAGGAGAAGAACCGCAUUCGCAGAAACUUGGAGGGCUUCCGUCCCCUAACCGUGUCGAAAGCCAAGGCCGACAGCGAAGAAUUCUUCAAGGUCAUCAUGGGAUUUCCAGCACCCAAGCCCCGCAACAUCGAGAAGGAUGUGAAGGUCUUCCCCUGGAAGAUCCUGAGCCAUGCUCUGAAGAAAAUCAUUGGAAAAUACUCCGCAAGCUACUCUUCCACUGCUGGUGCCCUGCCUACUCCGAUCGCCUCCAACUACACGAGCAAUGGCGCCGCGUCCGAUUCCGGGACCGAGCCAUUGAACGCAGGAUCCCCUCAGUCUGUUUCAGAUACUGCUCCUUCGACAACGUAUAGUUCGGCUAUGGGAGUACCGGCUUAUUCACCCCCAACGGGGCAUUCCGGGGCGCCAAUGACGAAUCCAGCUGAAAUGCGUGCCGUGUUACCGGCCGUCAACCAGUCCUACCAUAGCAUGGCCACCCCUUAUCAAUGCGCGCCAGUCUGCCAGCAACCGAGCCAGAUUGGACUGAAUGCUCCAGUGAGUCGGGCCUGGGAGUUGAACCCUCUCGUUAACGCCCCUCCAACCAGCGGGCCUCCUAGCAGCACUUCCUGCUACACCUAUAUGGCACCGAUGCCAUACUCGCUCCCAGAUCAAGGGCCUUAA